GUGGACAUGCUAAGAGAGCACCUUUGCUGCAGGUACCCAGAGCUAGAAAUUAAAUCAGUUGAUGGUUUCCAAGGAAGAGAGAAAGAGGCAGUGAUCCUGUCAUUUGUGAGAUCCAACAGGAAAGGUGAGGUGGGCUUUCUUGCGGAAGACCGGCGGAUAAACGUAGCGGUGACACGCGCCCGGCGCCACGUUGCUGUCGUCUGUGACACCCGCACCGUCAGCAACCAAGCCUUUCUGAAGCGGCUGGUGGAUUAUUUCAGCCAGCACGGGGAGGUACGCACAGCCUUCGAGUACCUUGACAACCUCGUGCCCGAAAACUACACUCAGGAGGGCCGCAGCGAGCGGCAGCAAGGUGCAAAGCUUCCCGCAGCAUCUGGCCCCAAACAGCUGCUGCCUGCAGGGAGGAAACUGAAAGCAGCAGCAACCAAACCAGGGUGUCAGAAGCCAGAAGCGCGUUUCUCCCUGAGCACAAGUGGACCUGGGAGAGAGACCCCGGGGACAAAAGACGGUGCUGAUAGAUUCAAGGCCAUGCUGGUGGCCUUCCUGGAGAGCAGCGAGAUGCAGUUGGCUUUCCCUCCAUCCCUCAAUUCUCACGAUCGGAUGCUGGUUCACCUAAUGGCAGAGGAGUACGGGCUGCAGCACGUGAGCACUGGGGAAGGGAGGGACCGGUACAUCAGCGUUCGCAAGAAAGAGCCUGCCAAGCCAUCGCUACCUGCAGCCGCCCCUCACAGCAAGCAGCUCCCCCUUCCUCAGCCACAACAUCCUGGCAGGGAAGCUCCUGUCCCUGCUGAGCCAGGAGGAAGCAGUGAGGGCUCAGGGAAAGUGGACCUGAAAACCCUGCACCUGGAGAGAGUUCAGAGGGAGAAAACCAGACGGGAGGAGGCAGUGAGGAAGACUCAGGAGCCCACUGCUGGCCUUCAGGGCAGCAGCAGGAAAAAAGACAAAAGCGAAGCCAAAGGAAAGCCAGCAGUUAAGAGCAGAGCAGACAGCGUGGCAGAAGAAGAUAUCGACGCUCUGAUAUCUGCUGCUAUUAAAGCUGACAACACCUGCGGCUUCCCUGGCUGCAAAGCCAGCGUUACAACCCUGGGACAGCUUUGCCUCCACUGCAACAGGCGCUACUGCCUCAGCCAUCACAUCCCAGAGGUUCACGGCUGUGGGGAGAAGGCCAAGGCCCAGGCACGGCAGAGGAUCAGCAGAGAAGGGGUUCUCUACCCCGGGAGCGGCUCCAAAGACAAGUCCCUGGACCCAGCCAAGAGAGCCCAUCUCCAGCGGCGCCUGGACAAGAAGCUCAGUGAACUGACCAGCCAGAGAAAGAGCAAAAAGAAAGACAAGAGAAAUGAAGGCUCUGAAUACUUCCUUGUUAACCUUGAAGUCACAGGUCAGACUACAUAAACCAAAGAUGCUAUUAAAGCUAGAGGAAGGAGAGCAGCUUUAUUUGUCCUGGUUAUCCUUAUUGACAAAGUAAUGGAUGUACACAGAGAGGCUGGAGAAUGCCG